CACCACUGCGCGAGUUGUUUGAGUGCGAGUACGCGCGCUGGAGAAAGAGAGGGCACGCGAGCGGGUAACGGAACCCGCGAGACCGGAGCCAGGAGGGGAGCGCGCAACACAGAGAUCCUAUAGUGUAGCAAUACGUGGCAAAGCUGGCAUUGCGGGUGGAGAACUCACAGACCUCUGCGUCAAGCCCUGGAAAGAAAGCGAGCCCGGUGCAAAUAGGAUGAUUGAAGAGAGUAGCAAGAAGAGGACGACUAUGGCCGAGAAGCGGCAGCUCUUCAUGGAAAUGAGGGCACAGAAUUUCGAUGUGAUACGACUUUCAACAUAUCGAACAGCAUGCAAGCUUAGAUUCGUGCAAAAAAGAUGUAAUUUACACCUAGUUGACAUUUGGAAUAUGAUAGAAGCCUUCCGUGAUAACGGCCUUAACACUCUGGACCACAACACUGAGAUCAACGUGUCUCGAUUGGAAACAAUUAUAUCAUCAAUAUACUACCAGCUCAACAAGCGCCUUCCGUCUACUCAUCAGAUUAGCGUAGAUCAGUCUAUCAGCCUCCUCCUUAACUUCAUGAUCGCUGCUUACGACAGUGAAGGUCAUGGGAAGCUGACGGUGUUCUCAGUGAAAGCCAUCUUAGCAACCUUGUGCGGCGGGAAGAUAUUAGACAAGCUGAGAUAUAUUUUCUCACAAGUAUCAGACUUGAGUGGGCUUAUGGUUUAUGCAAAGUUUGAUCAGUUCCUUAGAGAGGUGUUGAAGCUUCCCACCACUGUGUUUGAAGGACCUUCAUUUGGAUACACAGAACACUCGGUUCGGACAUGUUUCCCACCACAGAAGAAGAUUGCUUUGAACAUGUUUUUAGACACAAUAAUGGCGGAUCCUCCUCCCCAGUGCCUUGUUUGGUUACCUCUCAUGCACAGACUUGCUCAUGUAGAAAAUGUCUUCCAUCCCGUCGAGUGCUCCUUUUGCAGAUGUGAAAGUAUGAUGGGCUUUCGAUACCGCUGCCAGCAGUGCCAUAGCUACCAGCUUUGUCAGAAUUGUUUUUGGCGAGGUCAUGCCAACGGUCCUCAUAGUAACCAGCAUCAGAUGAAGGAGCAUUCUUCCUGGAAAUCGCCUGCGAAAAAGCUAAGCCAUGCAAUCAGUAAAUCUCUUGGCUGUGUUCCCAGCAGAGAGGCGCCUCACCCCGUUUUCCCCGAGCACCUGGAAAAACCACUUGACCUGGCUCAUACAGUCCCGGCUCGCCCCAUGUCCAACAUGAAUGAGGCCAUGGUUACUCAUAUAUCCUCUGGUGCACCCACGCCCACUAAAAGGUUACAAAACAGCACGGACACUGCCAGUCGAUUGCCAGAUGAACAUGCACUGAUAGCAGACUGUGUGGCACGACUUCGCAAUGGGACACGCAGUGUGUUGGAUAGCCCCAGUAGACUGGACGAGGAGCACCGACUGAUCGCACGAUACGCAGCGAGAUUAGCCGCAGAAGCUGUUAACUCUCCACGUCCGCCCACCGAGCUCAGCUUCAAUUUUGAUGCCAACAAGCAGCAGCGGCAACUGAUUGCAGAGCUGGAGAGCAAGAACAGAGAAAUUUUACAAGAAAUUCAGCGCCUACGACUGGAACAUGAGCAGGCCUCACAGCCCACUCCAGAGAAGGCCCAACAGAACCCCACUCUGCUGGCAGAGCUCCGACUGCUGCGGCAGAGGAAGGACGAACUUGAGCAGAGAAUGUCAGCUCUUCAGGAAAGUCGUCGGGAACUCAUGGUGCAACUUGAGGGGCUGAUGAAACUACUUAAGGCACAAGCUGCUGGCUCUCCGCACUCCUCGCCAAGCCAUGGAGCUAAUCGGCCAAUGCCCAUGCCCGUAAGGUCCACAUCUGCUGGUUCCACACCUACCCACGUACCUCAGGACUCACUAGCUGGUUUAGGAGAUGUGCAUGAGGCUUUUUCACAUGGUACAAGAAGAAACCUCCGCAAUGAUUUACUUGUAGCUGCUGACUCAAUUACCAACACCAUGUCUUCCCUGGUAAAGGAGCUGCAUUCAGCUGAUGAAGGAGGUGAUGAGGAAGAAGAAAGACUGCAGAAUGGAAAAGAUAAAGGUUAAAAAGCAACAACAGAACGGUAAAUGAUUCAAGCACAGCAAGUUCUAUGAUAUCCAUGUACUUCUGUAUGAAACAAAAGCCCCAUUUCAGCCACACCCACCAUCCAGCGACAACGUGACAUGAUGGUUCUGCCGCAGAAGGAGACAAGUCUCCAACUGAAGGGCUUUCUGCACAGACAUUCUUUAUUAGUGCAUGCACAGUCAUCACUGUAACAUACCACUGCUCUGAUUACCUGGGACACCGCUGGAAAAAGUCAAUGUGUUUGCGACAGCGCAGCGGAGGCAUUUGCAACAGAUAAAGAACACACUGCAGAUAAAUUUAUUCUGCCUUUCCCUUCUGAAGACUACGAUACAUAAUAGUUUCAGACCCCACUGGUAUUGGAGGUAACUGCAAUACACAUUCAUGUUAAUGCCUAAGUAAUUGUUUUGCUCACUGUAUGUGAUGCCUUUGCCCUUCAUGGUACAACAGUACCUGAUAUUUGUAAGAAAUGGUAAAAAAGGGGGUUACUGGAAGUUAAACAACAAAUAUAUAUUUUACUUUUGAAUGUUCAGUUUUUAUGUUUUAUUUAAUACAAUAAGGGACCUUAGUAUUUCACACGUUAAAUAAAGAAUGUUAGUAGUUGAUAAAGUAAUUCAACCCCAUCUCAUACACUUUGUAACAAACCUACCCAGUUUUAUUCCAUUAUCUUAAAUAUAUAAGUGCCCUAAUUAGAUCUGGGGAUGAACUGCACCUUCAUACUGAUCACUGCUACAAAAAGGGAAUAUUAUAGUCCUGCCAUGCAGCCAGCCUGGGCUCUGCCUUUUUUAUACUGCAGUCUGAGCAACCAUUAUCUGUUGACUCCAUGAUAUGUGCUUGGCAACUAGACAAGUCUUUCUUCUCAGUGGGGGACCCUAAGCACACAGAUAGCUGCACAAAAACCAUAGUAAUGUAAUGAGCUGGCACCGAGAGGACGGAUAAGGGGAGGAAAAGAGAGAGGUGGGAACAUCAGGAAUCUCAUUGAUAUUGUAGCUUUAGCAGAUUAAAGAACCAGAGAUUAAAGCAAUAAGGUGAUAUGAGAAAUAGUAAAAUGAUUCACUCUAUUGUUGUGAUGAGUCGCUGGUGUGCCAGGUCAGUAGUGAUUAGUUAAGGCUAAGGUGAUGUUUCCCCCGGUGUAAUGGUGUUAAAGGGGCAUGGGCAGCUCCCAGCAGUGAAUUGCUGCUCUAAAGCUAAAUGUAACUAUGGAGUCAAUUGUAAUCCUUUAGAAAUAAACUUAAAUUAUUUAUCUACUAAAAUCCCCAGACAAUGAUGGUGAUCUGUUGAAAAUCAUUAGAUACUUUUUUCGAAAAACCCCUAUGUGUUUAAAACCUUUGCAGGGGUUAAACACAUAAUUCAAUGCAGACAAUAUCGCUAUACUAAAACGCAUUAACACAGAGCAUUUUGCUUUUUUUACUUUUAUGUACAUUUAGCUUGUGCACCCGGGAGCAAUAAAAAUCCAUGUACAAAAUGCGAUCUCUGUUAGUUAUGGAAGCCAAAGACUGAAGGGGGCUUAAGCAGAAAGACCCAAUUCUUUCCAGUCCUUAACUCUAAAAUGGGGUGUGGUCACAUAUUUACUGAAGCCCUACGCAUUUUGUUUCCAGCUGACAUUCCAUAAUGUUCUAUAAUGAUCUACAGAAAGGCCAGUGUUGCAUCUUGGGAGCACAACCAUUUAAUAGAAUUGUAUUUGAAUGAAAAAUAUCUAUUAACCCCAUAGUUGAAAUACAGUGAUAGACAACCAAGGGGUGUUGCUGGGAAGUCACUGAAAUAAUAAUCUGCCUUUAUCAUUGUUCAUUUUCCUGCGCUUCUGUUCUCAAAGCCAUCUGGAGUGUGUUGCUUUCAGGCCCUGUAUCUCAGGAGGUUAAAAAAAAAAUGGUACAGGAAACCAUAAUGUAAUAAAGAAUCUAUGGGCAACGAUUUUACAAGUUGUCAAAUAUAAAAUAAAGCAGCACAAACCACAGUUUUGAGAGGCCGUUUCUCUCUGUAACCUGUAUGUGUUCUUCCAAACAGGCUGUUAGGUUCAGACAUUUGUACAUAAACUGAAAUGUCCCAGUCUGCACAGCAUAUUGGUUCAUCAAUCAGUGCAAUGUUGGAAUUUAUAAAUACCAAAAUAUGAAGUCUAAUAAAUAUUACAUUAAAAACUA